UCUUGAAAACCAUCAUGGUUGAACACUGGAUUGUGUUGUUGUUCGCAUAUACAUAUGGAAGUUGACCGGGGUAAGAUUAAUGCUAACAUUGUUCAAAAACAUUUCUCAUUUAUAUUUAUAUAGUUUAUUCCAUCUCUGUGUUAGGAAAAUCAGAGGAAAACGGACGGUUUUUCGAGUUCCCGAAAUGUCAGCAUUGGAGAAAACAUUGUUUAAAGGAAAACUUCCUCCAACUGGAUUACUGUCAAGUGCUCGCCGUGGCCCAGGAGGCAGGAGACGGGACGCAACCCCCUCGUCGUGGCAUCGCUACUUUGAGGAGUCCCGGGACGUGACCGUCAACGACACGGACAGGUUCCGUGUCUACACAGUUGGCCGUGACGGGCCUGUGCUGUUGCUGCUACACGGCGGGGGAUUCUCCGCGCUCACCUGGGCCCUCUUCUCGGCAUCGGUCACAAGCAUGGUGGAGUGCCGCAUCGUGGCAGUGGACCUGAGAGGCCACGGAGACACUGUGACCAGCGAUGACACGGACUUGUCUGCUGAGACCAUGGCCAGGGACGUAGGAGCUGUCGUGGAAGCUUUGUACACCACAGACCCACCCCCAAUCGUGCUGAUUGGACACAGCAUGGGAGGAGCCAUAGCGGUUCACACGGCGAGUCGGGGACUGGUGCCGUCGCUAGUCGGCCUGGCCGUGAUCGACGUGGUCGAAGGCACGGCCGUGGACUCACUAGCCAGCAUGCAGAGCUUCCUGCGUGGCCGCCCCACGCACUUUCGCUCCCUGGAACACGCCAUCGAGUGGUGCUUAAAGAGCAACCAAGUCCGAAACUUGGAAUCUGCAAAGGUUUCGGUACCAGGACAAUUGAAAAACGUUGAGACGGGCAAGCCGGCAACGGGCGACGUGGAUGGCUACGAGCCGAGCCAGGAUCAGCCGUGCGCGACCUUGGAAGACGCCAUCGUGGAGGAGGACAGCAGCUUCAAGGCUCCGCCCCCUCUCUCCCAGUCGGACAACUUGGUGGCUCGCAAGUACACUUGGAGAAUAGAUCUGGGGCGGACAGAGCCGUACUGGCCCGGCUGGUUCCGAGGCCUGUCGUCGCGGUUCCUCGGCUGCUGCGUGCCCAAGAUGCUGCUGCUGGCGGGCGUGGACCGGCUGGACCGCGACCUCACCGUCGGCCAGAUGCAAGGAAAGUUUCAGAUGCAAGUGUUGCCGCAGUGUGGCCAUGCUGUUCAUGAGGAUGUCCCUGACAAAGUGGCGGAAGUUGUUGCUACGUUCCUCGUGAGGCACAAAUUUGCUGAAGCAGCAGCCUCUUUUAAUAGAACAUUGCCAGCAUGUUAACAAGUGCCGUGAAUGGCUGCCGUGCAUGUGAACAGUACCAAGCCCGGAGCAGAUGUCUUCACUCUGCAUGCUGCAGGAACUUCCUUGCAGUUCCGUGACGUGACCAGCACUCCUGGACCAACAACUCUCUUUGUGUCUCCAUGUGACCUCCACUAACGUCUUUGUUUCAUUCUAACCAUAGGCUUGGUAUUGAGUAGGGUUUACAGUUCCCCUGAGUCCAAGUGUGGUGUGUGUGUCGACUGCCUUGACAACCACAAUAUUGAAAAUACCAUAUUCUGGAUGACCGCGACUCUAGUCACCAUCUUGAAUCCUCCAGUUUGAGUCCUUAAAUUAAAUUAUAAAUCUUUUUAAAAUUAAAACUGUUGGUUGGCAAGGAAACACAUGAAGUAAAUUGGUGAUAAUAAUAUAGCCGAUUCGGUCUUGCCUGAAAAUGUCUUUUGAUUGGAUCAUGUAGAAGACAUGCAGAAUACGUUUCAUCAGGCUAAAUUUCUUUAAUGUGUUUGUUUUAAAUCAUCUAUUUUUAACUUUAUUGUGUAUUUCCUGCUCAGCAGUUAAGCUAGGCAAACAUUACAGAGUGCAAACAUGCUGCCAUCUAGUAAUUGGGAAAGCUUGUCUUGACUGAACAAAAGCAAAUGUCUAAAUACUAUGUUGUUUUUUUUUUUGUAUUUACCUCUAGCUAUGUGUAUAUUAUGAAAAAAAACUUGGAUAAGUUCUUUAUACCUUUAACAUUUAAUUUAUUACCUCCUCAAUGUACAGGAAUAGGGUACAACUUUAUCAUUAUUUUACAUUGAUAAUCAUUCAUGGAGCUUGAAAAAGUGUCUCAAAUAUUAACUUUUUCAUCUCUGCCUUUGAUGCUGUUUAGACUUAGCUUUUGCCUCCAAUAUGAUGCAUUGAUCAUUUUCUUUUAAAGCAAAUAAUUUCUACACUAAAAUGUAACAUUAAUAUAUAAAAUAUAUAAAACAUGAAACAUUAACAAGAAGCCCAACUCCUGUUUGGGUGAACACUAUCACAUUACCUCGAGGUACAGUGUUGACAUGAGCCGUUCAGGACCCCUUCGACUGUUGCCACCUGAACUAGUCCUGUGCCCUCCAUGAAUGUGACCAAGUCACAUCUAAAACAUUUCACUGUGUUCUCUUCUCUGCCAAAACACCCUCUUCCGAGUUUCUCAUAACUAUUUCAGCCAUUUGAGGAACCACUGAAUCACAAGUCUAUUACUAUGGAAGAAUGUUCAGCACAAUAGGCGUUACCCUGUACCACGCUUGAUGCUGAAAAACUACGUGGAACAUUUUCUUUCUCCUAACUCUAUCAUCAUUCUUCUUUGAUUUUGAUAAGUUUCUUUGGUCUAAAUGUAUGAAUAUUUGCUGAGCCAUUCUUCAUACUUUGAGAUCAUUUAUAUCCAGUUGUUGGUCCACUGCACCCGUUAGCUCAUUUGUAAAAGCUGCUAAUAAUCUCUGUUCUGCUUUCUGUAGUAAUAUUUCCUGUUUUGUUGGAUCAUUUUAGUUCUUUUCUCACAAAUUUUUCUACACUUAUCAGCAAAUGUUUGUACAUUUUCUCCAUGCCUCUAGUUAGCAUUUUUCAGCAUGAAACAAUGAAACUGUAGUGGCUAACAUUCUUUGAAAUCUUCAGUUAAUUCUUUCAUGAAAAUUUCAUGAUUUUUAGAUGUGGACAAGUUGCUACAAAUGUGGCCAUGAUACUCUUUGAUUUCAUCUUGGCUAACUUGACUUUAUUCUUGUGGUCAAUCUCCCAAACUGCAAUCCAACAACCUUCUAGCUGCGACUGAAAAUUCAAGGAUCUUUCAGUGACAGCUUCGUGCUCUAAAUGAAAUCACUCUAACUUGCAACACUUUUACUCUGCUAGUUUCUAGAGGGAACACGAGUAUUGUUAUCGUUUGUACUCCUUUACUCAGCUUGUUUCACACAGUGUGCAUGUACACACUAUGAUUUGAAUGGUUCAGACUGUUCAAAAUAUUUAAAUCUUAGUUUUCAAUUUCAUAUUCAGGAUACACACAAUCUUUAUGAAUGAAACAUUUUAUAAUUAGGAUCAUAAUAUCCAUGAAAACACAAUCUGCUGAAGGAUUAUAUCUAUAAACUUUAUACUCAGGUAGUGAAAAUUAGCAUUUUGGUUGCGCUUUAAAAGUUAUCUCAAGACCUCAUGCUGUUUUAAGUGUGUUCCUUUUUCUCAUGGAAUGGUUCAUCUUGUUUUAAGAAUUAUAAGUACCUUAAGUUUAUCUUUAAUAUUUAUUAUUAUAACUAACUUUUUCAUCUUAAACACAUGUAAUGUAUUAUUUAUUUAAUUAUAUGUUGUAAUCACUCCCAUUUUCGCAACAGUUUAAGUAUGUUAGUGUUGAUGAUUUAAUAUGGCAUUGUCUUCCUAUAUUACUUUCUGGUGAUAAUUUUAGCAUUUCUCUCUUACUCUCUCUCACACAUACACACACAUCAUAUACACAUACACACACAUUCACACCAAGAAACACACACACACAAAAUCACUUCUUAUGGACUGCUGCGUAAUUUUGCACCACUUGCUUCCAGACUGAUACAUAAAAUCUAGUGAUGGAAAAUUUUGGUCUAGUUUGAUAAUAGGGAAAAUCUGAUUAUGCAGGUAAAAAUAGAAAGAUUUAAAAAAAAAUCCUAUAACUCCUUGAAAAAUAUUUCAUUUGUAUGAAUUUAUUAUACUUACAAUUUCUAUAAAAAAAUUGUCUACAAUGUUUAUAAUACCGAUCAUUAACUCGAUGGUUUGAACAAAUAUAGGUUGAAGGACAAAAAGUCUUAACUGGUGUAAUUAUUGUCUUCAUUUCAUGGCAAGUUUCACAUUGGAAUUUCCAUGUAGAAUUCCCAAAGUGAAUUUUUUAAUGGUACUCUGUUACUGUAAUUUGUUUAUUAAAAUUGGAAACAUUUACACAUCUAUUUUCGAGCAGACUUUCUUCUAGUCAUACGGUUAUUGUCAUGUUUGAAAGAAAUAACAGGGAUGUCAAUUUCACAUCCUUCAUAAUUAUUUUCCAACAAACUGAUAGCCAUCUCAUGAUCAGCGACUGGGAGUGAUCCUUUUCCGGAGCUACACUUUUCUUUGUGACCUGACUGAAGAUAUUUGCAAUUAUUAUAUCAACUAGGAUAAUCAUUAACAGGUGAAUGGAACACAAUAAUUUUAUUUUCUUAAGACCUCAGUUUUAUAGUGAUUUGCAACCACUCAUCUUGUCAAGGUAUGGUAAGUUCAAUAGCUGCUAGUGAUGGGUCGAUUCCACCGAUUCCACUGGAAUCGUGGGAUUCAGAAUACAAUGGUUUUGGAAUCGACCAUGACCGAUUCCUGCAUUGUUUUUAAGUUUGCAAAAUACAUAAUCUACGCAACGUAAGAAAAUAUUAAAAUGCAUACAAAUAUAAUUUUUAAAACUACAUAAUACAAUCUUUUUUUACGGAACUGAUUUACUUAUUACGGUGAUUAACGUAUUUAUUUACUUGCACCGCCAUUUUCCCUACUGUACAAAUGCAGUAUCUACUUUCCCACUUUAAGCGAAAGCAUUUUUAGGAAAUUACGUUGCAGCAGCACUGCAUUUAAUAGCAAACCUUCAAAAAUAAUUAGACAAAACCAUAAAUGUUUAAAGAAAAUUAUGUAAAUGUAAACGGCAAAUAAUGUAAACGUUAACUAUUUGAUCAUGGCAGCUACAUUUGCCAUUGUAAACAACCUAAUUUUUUUUGUGCUACCUGCCAUGGUAAACCAUACGGCCAUGAACAAAAUCUUUGGUGACGUGAACGUGAACAUCUCUACACAUUAAACUUUAAAGAAUUAAAAUGAAAUAAUUUUUGAAUGAAAUUUUACCCAAAUUCACAGUGGAUUAUUGCAACCAUAUUAAAAUAAGUUUAAAAGCAACAUAACCAAAUUGCUUUAAAUCGGCGUUCUUGUGCGUGUUCAGCGAUGCUCGUUUUACGUUAGAUAUAUUUUGGAAAGGCAGUUGGCAAGUCUGAAUUUCCAAACAUUGCUGCGGAAACGUUCGUAAAUUUUUAUUACCAAACGGCAAACAUAAACAAUCUUGUGAAAGAAGUUGUGUUAGUUUAACAGAAUUGUUUCCGAUAAAUUUCUGAAAUGAAUUAAAUGUUAACACGCGAUUAUUUGAAGAGUUUAAAUAUUUUGUGUAAGAAAAUCUCACCAUAAAAUGUGAAAAUUUUGAGAUGCUAAAAAUUGCACAGAACUUUCUUAAUCAAGAACCGAAAAUUUAUUUUCUCUUUACGAUUGUGAGGAACUGCAAGACUGGAUGGAUUUAUUAUUUUAACCAAGUGAGAUAAUUAAGUUCUAGGUAAUAUAUUAAAACGUAAGCAUCUCUGACAUUUUAUUUUAGUGUGGUGCAUAUUUGUUUGUCAUUUCCAUCAUAAUGAGAUAAUAAAGUUUUAUUUUUACAUUUCCCUUUUUUAUUUUUUCUCGCUAUGGUCCCUUGAAAUAUGUAUAAACGAGGUUAUAUUGACAUUUUAUUUGGAUCAUUAUUUAGUUGUGCUUGAAAAUAAAAUUCUUAACCUAACCGUACAAACCCUCUUUUUUUUACAAUUAAUUAAUUGAGUUGAUAAUGUAAGGUAUCUAAAGUUUGUUAAGUUAUAACAUUAUUUACAAUUUAAGUCAUUAGACAUCUUUGAUUAUUGGCAGUGUUUGAACACGUGUUUCGUCUAACUAUAUGCAAGGUUAAAAGGCCAAAUUGUGCUAGAAAUACAAGGUAGCGUAACUUGAUGGUAAUGAACAUACUUUUUAACAUUAUAUAAGCUGUAUAUAAUGUUAAUUUCUGCACAGAAAAUGAAACACAACAUAAUUACAUUUUUAAAAUCAUAAACAACCUUUUUUUUCUUAGUAUAUUACUCUGUUGAACAUUGUCAGAUAAAAAUUAAGGAAUCGGAAUCGGAUUCGAAGAAUCGACCCUUUAAUUUAAGAAUCGAAAAUGGAAUCGGAAUCAGUAUAUUUUAGGAAUCGGCCCAACACUAAUAGCUGCAGAUAUUGGUUUAUUGUGAUUUAUGUUUACAAAUGCUAAUAUAUUUUCAAAAUAAUAGGUUCAGGCUAAAAUACAUACUGUUGUUCAAAUGCUUCCAUUGUCAAAUUGUCUUUUAUUUAUUUCACAAUGAGUUGUUAAAAAAUACUGAAUUUGCUGCACUGCUGCUACAGUCAUAUUUUAUUACGCUAUUACCAUAAAAAUUUCUGAUGAUUAUUCUCAUUAUUUGUUUGUCCUUUUUUGUUGGUAUGCUAUCAAUGAAAAGUGUCAAAAGAACUAAAAUUAGUGUGUUCCAUCUGGACUUACGGAAGUAACAUAGGGCCUAUUAAUUAAUUUGUUAAGGAGAAGCAGAUUUUUUUCCCCCUCCGCUUACUGUCGACAAGUAGUUGCCAAAAAUUCAGUAAGAUCCUGCAGAAAAGCUGACAGAACAAUGAUUUGGAGUUGUAUCUGUAACAAUCAAUUUUUUAAUGGUUGGAUAACAAAAAGAAAAUGCAAAUUCUUUCUUCAUCAAAAAUAUUUGAUUACUUUACGAAAAAAAUUAAUUUAUAAAUUGUAGUUUGAGUAAUGCUUUAUAUGGUUUCAAGAGUUUAUCUUCUGCAACAAACUGAAGCACUAUCAUCAAGCAUUGAUCUAAAUUAUAUAACAACUUAACUGCAUAAAAUGUUUGUAUUCUGCAUUGUAAACCAUGAUAUAUAUUUUUAAAAGAAUGAAAGAAGAAAUAAAAAUAAAUGAUAAAUUAAGUAGAUAAAAAAAAUUUUAAAUAGCCUUCUAUUUUUUGAACUUUUAUUUUCUUUUGUAAGUGUAUAACAAAAUAUAAUGUUUCAAGAUAUUAAUUUAAUAGUUGAAAACGUGAUUUUGUUGUAUCUGAAAUAUAUUAUUUGUGUUUUGUAAAUAAUUAAAUAAAGGUUUACAUUUGUUUAGAAUA